AACAGGUCUAUCUUCUGUAUCAAACGAUGAAAUCUAUUGUGGUGUUGUUGGCCAUCGUGGGCGUCGCUUCGGCCGCCCGUCCGGACGCAGUGGAAGUGAUUACCACCUUCAAAGAAAUCGCACCACAGUACAAGGCAGCCUUGGACCAGCAAGAAUCGACACUGGCCACCGUGAAGACCAACGUGACCACGCAGUUGGUGAACUUCCAUAUGGAUGUGAUCAACUCGAAGGAAGUCUUUGUCGAUGCGGUCGUUGAACGUGAGGACUACAUUCUGAGCCAGAUCGCUCUGCAGACCACCGCCGAUACCGUGUGCCUUGGAUUCGUGAGAAUGAGCAGUGAGAUGACGGUCAACCUUGCUGGUGUGUCGUUCACCAACUGCAUCAACGCGGCCGACCAGGCACUCAGCGACAAAUUGACCGAAUACAGUGGAUCGCUCGGUGAUUUGGCCUCGCAGCUGACGCAAAUGCGCCUGCUCGAUGUGUUCCGCGGCGACAACAUUUUCUACACUCCGGCCAGGAUCAACCAGAAGUUGAACGACAAGCUGCUCGCACUGCAGGAAAACCCGGGUCUGAAUGCGGCUGAAAUUGAGGUGCUGGUAGAGGGUGUCUCCCAGGAUUUGGGUGCUAUCUUGAACGGCUACAACACCUGCAUGGCCGAUGCAUCCUCUCUGGCUGAGCAGGGUCUCUCCAUGUGCGUUACUCAGAUGACGGUGAUCUGUGGAGCCGUGCUGGAGUAA